UAAAUUUAUCAAUUCACAAACAUUAAUAUGGAGUCCACAGAAGCAGAAGCUCAUAGCAGCGAAAUAGAACAUCAUGAGAAAGUUGAUGAUAUCAACAAAGAAGAGAGUGCUGAAGACGCACUUCCUGUUGCAUCAACACAACCUGAAGAAGAGAUACAAGCUUCUACUGAAGUGGAUGAUAGCAAAACAGGAGAGGAUAUGCAUCCACAUAGAACUAUUCCUUUAGUGAACUCUCAGGCUAACUGGCAUGAAGUCCAGUCAUGUCUUGUGAAAGCAACUAACUUAACCAAUCUCGAAGAUUUGCAUAAAAUUAUCAGAGAUAUCGUAGAAAUUUGUAAAAAUAAGCCAGAAGAAGAUAUGGAAAUAAUUGAGACUUUGAACUUUGUGACAAAUGUGAAAGUAGCAAAUGCAAAAAUUUUACCUAUGAUCCACUACAUCGCUAGUCUUGCAUUAAGAGUUGAUAAUCUAUUCUCCGAAGGAAGAAUUAGGUUCCUUCGUAAGAACAAAGAGGAUUAUAUUACCUUCACAAGUGAGGAAUGUGCUUGUAUAAUCGCUCUGGCAUUCUUCUGUUGUAUGAUACCAGCUCCAAAAGAAAUCGCAUGCGCUUACCCCAUCAAUUUCAUUCAGUGGUACUCAGCAAAGGUGCCGAUCUAUGAAGAGAAAAUCCAUUUCUUCCUAUGAUAUUUCGAAACUUUUAAGAACGAAGAUGAGGCUGUAAAGAAAGGAGAAAGUGAAUAUAGAAUCCUCAGCUUUGAACGCCAUUCUGAACUAUCAGACUCAUACACUAGUCUGGAUGAUAACUUCUGGUGAUCUAUGGAAAAACCUCUCUUGAAUGCCACUUUGAUCGAAGAAGGUGGCGUUGUUGAUCAAGAAAAAGAGGAUCAAAGAGUCAUACUUACAAACUUUGCAAACAGGUUCCUUGGAGGAGGUGUCAUGAGAAAAGGAGCUGUCCAGGAAGAAAUAUUGUUUUUGAGAUUCCCAGAACUACUACUAUCCUCAGUAGUCUGAGCUAAGAUGGAAAAGAAUGAAUCAGUCACAAUAACAGGGCCAAAACUGUAUUCUAACAAUGAAGGGUACAGUAACAAAACUAAAUUUGCUGGCAAGGCAGAGGAUCCAUUAAAUAUUGACGAGUUUGGAAGAAUCGACAGAACAUUUGUCUGAAUUGAUGCCCUCAGGUUAAAAGGGAUGAGACUCCAAGUCGGUCAAUUCUAUCAGCAGGAUAACUUAAGAGAACUCAAUAAAGCUUAUAUUGGUUUCAGAGCAGAUUCUAAAGAGGAAGAAACCAAGGGAGACCGUAAAACCAUCGUAACAGGAAAAUGGGGAUGUGGAGCAUACAAUGGAAAUCCUGAAUUAAAGUUCAUCCUCCAAUGGAUUGCUUGAAGUGCUCAUGACAGAGAUAUCAUCUUCACCACUUUUGGGGAGAAAGAUUGUGCUAACAUUCCGAAAAUUAUUGAGAAGUUCCAAGGAAAGCCUAUUUCAGAGAUCUUCCUACAAAUAAUGAACUUGAGAGGCUACAUUAAGAAGAAGGAUGGGAAUGGAGAUAAGACCAAAGGUUUUAAGAAUAAGAAGGGACUCAAGGGCAUCGUCUGGAAAUUUAUUGAGGGAAAGGAUAAGCAAUUGAAAAUUCAAUAA